CUUUCAGUCUAACUUUCGCUUUGGGACAGGCUUUUUCAAAACUUCUCUUGCCUUUACCCCCCCCCCUCGCUCCCAUUUGUGCAAUGAGUCCCCGAAAGCUCGUGCCACAGACCAAGCCAACGUCGCCGGCGUCGCGCUUUGUAGAUGCUUCUGCAACGGAUGGCAGGCAACACCCGCGACGAACUGCUGCUGCUGGCAAGUCGCAGCAACCCGCCAUGCGAACACGCGUCCCGUCACAGCCAGUGCCAGUGCGUGGACACCGAGCCUCAGCCCUGGACGAGGGCGACGAGGGCGACGAGCGGUCGUAUGGCCAUAGCGGCGCAAAGAGCACCGCGGCUGCAGCACGAAGCUCAGGCCUCCAGCAGCAGCAGCUGUCGAGUCCCGCGCGCCAUCGCCCAGGCAGCAACAGAAACACGUCUGCUGCCGACGAGGACGAUUCGCCUGACGAGGACGAUUCGCUUGACGAGGACGACUUCAGGCCGAAGCACCGCAAUCUGUGGACGACGGCAGAGAUUGCGGCUCUGAAACAAGGUGUUGAAAAGCUCGGUGUCGGCAAGUGGACGGCCAUUCGAAACGAUCCGCGCUGGUCGCACAUCCUGAGCAGACGCACCCCGCAGAAUCUGUACGACAGGUAUCGAGUUGCUGGAUUUAGAAUGAGGCGGCAGCCACGCGAGCAGCCGUUCCGCAAGUUCAUCCUGUUGGAUGCAGACCACAAGCCCGUCAUGGGAGGAACAGCAAAGUCUCCCGCGCCUGUCGUUUACGGACGAGGCGCUGCAGGAGUGGGCUUGGGCCGCGUACGCCAUCCGCGUGACGCAGCCUUGAAAGCAGCAAAGCGUGAUGAUCUGUAUUCCCCUGAGGAAGAGACAUGCACAAUCUACCUUCGAGAGGUCGGCAACCAGUGCAACCAAAAGUUCCAGUCGCAAGAUCCGCUCUCCGCACUGCCAAUGCACUACGACGUUGUGUAUGUGUUUUCGGGCUCGCGGCAUUUGAUUCCAGCACCAAAACUUGAGCGAUUCGCCAACUACUCGCAAGUUUGGACGACACGCGCCCAGCUGAUUCGCCGAGAGCCGCUCAAGUACGGCCGUUUUGCUGUUGUCGACGAGAGCCAAGCGGCGGACGAGAGCGCAGAGACCGAACAGAAGACUACUCCGAAGAAGAAGAAGAGUGCUCCCAGCAAGCCCAUUCGUGCUGCUGCAGUUCGCUCUCGAGAGCAAGAGCUUUCGAAGCGACGGCAAGCCGUCGAGGAAGCUGAAGACGAUGAGGACGAGGACGAGGACGAGGAUGAGAAUGAAUCGCUGCCCACAAUUGCCCAGUCGCCUAGGCAAGCGACGACCGUGGACCGAGCACGCACGUCAGCCGUUCACAAGAGCAGUCGUUCGAGCACAAAGCCCAAUGCAUCAGCCACGCCAUCUCGGGCGCCAGGCACACCUGCUUUUUCUAGUUCUUCUUCUACUGCUGCUGCUGCUGCUGCAAGCUCGCCAGGCCGAGCGGCAUUCGGUGGGCUUCCGCCAUUGCGUUUCAGUACGGCUUCCGCUGACACUGAGUUUCUCGGGUUUUGAUUCGGCUCUUGGUCUGAAGCGCUCGCUCGCCUGAGUUCAAAGCGUUUUUGUUCCUGUACUCAUCCUUGACUUGGUUUGUGUGCUGCUUGUUGAUAGCUCGAUGUUUGCAUGUGUUGUUGCCUUGCUGCACCCUCGAAUUUUCCAUUCGAUUUCCAUUUUUCCCC